CAGAAAGUCAUCCUCAGUUGAUGUCCUUGACAAAGCGGAAUGUCAGCAAUCGUCCAGAACUCGAUCGCUAAGUAACUUUUCCUUCAAACUUCGCGAUUCUAGAAGUCAGAAUUUUGUUAAUGUUGCUGGUCACGAAGAUACUAAUUUUGUAUCAUUAACAAGUUCUUCCACACCUGCUGAAAUGGAACGAAUUACGGUUUCGUUGUCAGCACUUGACAAAGAAGUUGAAACAUCCUGUUGUAUAGAAAGGUCGAGAAGCUUAAGCGUUGAUGGUCGGAACCGAUCUGCUUCACGGAAUUUAGACUUACACGAGAAGUCGGAUAAAAUUCCACAUUUUUGCGAAGAUUUAAGUGCAUUAAUGGAAGAACCAUUAUUUGACCCAUCGUUAUCAUACUUUAUUUCAAGACAAAACACCUCAUCAGAUCAUGGAUCUGCAUGUAGUGAUGUCGAUGAUAGUCAUGAUGAUAUGCAAUAUGAAUCAACUGAUGCGAAUGUUGUAAAGGACAGUCGAAAUUGGCAGUUGGCGACAAAUUUAUCUGAACUCAAAAUUACACCCAGUAAAGAAAUGUUAUAUGAACAGCGUUUCGAUCGGAAGAUUCUAUCGAAUGAAUUACCAUCGCCUAGGAAUCCAAAAAGGUUGUCCGAUUCAUCUAUGGCUAUUGGAAAUGCAUUGAAUUUUGCCCUACAGGUCGCGAAAUUUCCGAAAAUUAAUCCUACUGAUGAAGCAGAUGGACAGAAAUGUCAGGAACUUGAAAGGCAACCAGAAUUAAGUGAAACAUAUCCGAAAAGUGAGCGUCCUUCCGAUGCCGCCAAUCCCACUUCUUCAUCGUCGUUUUGCAUUAAAUUUCCAAUCACACUUUCGGGUUCUUCACGUGAGUUGAGUGUCAUAUCAGAACACAGUGAUCUCUAUGCUGAAAAUGAAGUGUGCAACUCGGACACAUCAAUAAAUGACCCUGGUUUGCUUAAAACAAGAAGAAAGAUUAGUGAAAAUGUAAUAAGUCAUCGUGAAAGAGCCGUUGAUGUUGAUGGUAUUGUUUCGCAACAUCGUCGUUGGCGUUCUGAAAGCAGAAAUGUACUCAAAAAGAUAUAUGACCAAGAAGAACGGGUAUCACUAAAAAAAUCAGUGCCGUUGCGUAAUUCUUCGUCACGAAAUGGUGAUCUUUCGGGACGGUGUAAAAGUCAAAUGAUUUUGAAAGAAGAAAAUGAUUUCAUCAAAAAUUGGGCAAAACUUGAGAUAGCAGAUGGCAUAAAGAAUUUGUCAUCCUCAUCUCCGAACGUCAAUGAAUUGGCUGUACCAUCUCCAAGUCACCAAGGUAAUGUCGAACAAGUAUCGCAAAUUAUGCAACUUCAUCCAAGCAUUCAGCAGAAAGAGAAAUAUAAGUGGAAAGAAGCUUUACCAGCAGCAUUUGGGCCGCACCAGCUUCAUCACAUGUUGUUUUUACUUGCGAAAUUCGGUAAAUCUGUAUACAGCUUAAAUCCUAUCCAACGCUGCAUGAACUGAUACAGUUGUAGUGUUUAUUUUUGCUGUUGUUUGUGG